AUGGAAAAGGAAAAAGAGUUGGCUCGACAGCUGAUCAAGGAUGGAAGAAAAGAUCGUGCCCUUCUUCUUCUGAAAAAGAAAAGGUAUCAAGAAAAUGUUAUUGAACAAACCCUACGGCAUUUAGACAAUAUCGAUAGAAUGGUGCACGAUUUGGAGUUUGCCGAUAUCCAGCAACGAGUUGUUGAGGGACUUCGCCAAGGAAGUGAUGCACUGAAGAAGAUAAAUGCGAUAUUUGAUCUUGAUGAGAUUGAGAAACUCAAGGAGGAAACCAGAGAAGCUGCUGAAUAUCAAGAGGAGAUUUCCGCUCUUCUUUCUGGUCAGCUUACCAAUGUUGACGUCGAGGAAGCUGAACAAGAGCUGGAGCAAUUAUUGGCAGCACAGAUCAGCGAUGUCAAACUGCCAGAUGUUCCAACUCAUGACCUGCCAGAGAGACAAAGAGGUACUUGGUUUUAUUUACAAUGUCCUCUAUGGUUUUUAAACUAAAA